AUGUUGGCGCCAAAGAAUGCCUGUGCGCUCUCAGGUGAAGGCAAAGCUCGAGUAGAAACAGACUGCAGAACAGUUAUGUGGAGAAUAGUGAGCGAAUGUGGUGACAACCUCGGCACGCAUCUGGUGUAUGAUAUAGAGAUCGAAAAGGUUGCUCGCCAAGAUAUCAAAAAUGGAUUACGGACGAGCGUCUUGCAAAAAUACAAAUACAAAACAGCACGUUUUUACACAACAUUUUGGAAGACGAGUAAUCUUAGAAUGGAGGAGAAGGUAUACUGGACGAUGCACGAGCAGCUCCAUCGCCUUGAAACUGCGGUAAGUCAAUCACAUGAUCAA